UGUGUGAUUGUUGUGACGAGUCAGUCGCGCGCCGUCCGUCACGCUGAGAGCAGCAGCAGAAGCCGCCGCAGUCGCAGCCGCAGCCCCGAGGCCCGCCCGCGCCCGAGACGAGACCGGCGACCCCCAGGGCCCCGUACACCCCAGCCCGGCCCAGUCACACAGCCAGCCGACAACAUGAUGAAAUCCGAGUCCACCGCCACCGAGAAGAUCUCCAAGACGCCCGCGGCGCUCUCGGACGCCGAGUGGGAGGAGCGCCUGUCAGAGGACGUGUUCGCCGUGUGCCGGCGCAAGGCGACCGAGAUCCCGUUCAGCGGCCGCUAUCUGUCGCACUUCGAGAGGGGGACCUACACGUGCACAUGCUGUGGCGCCAAUCUGUUCAGGUCCGAGGCCAAGUACCUGUCCGGCUGCGGCUGGCCGUCCUUCAGCUCGUGCGUCGAGGGCAGCAUCAAGGAGCUCCCGGACCUGACCCGCCCUGGCCGGCCGCGCACCGAGGUCCUCUGCAUCAAGUGCGACUCUCACCUCGGCCACGUCUUCCCGGACGGCCCGGCGCCCACGGGCCUGCGCUACUGUAUCAACUCCGUCUCCCUCGGCUUCCAGUCGGCUGACGACUGCUGAUGGUCGCCGUCGCCCCCCCUCCCCCGGGCCUAAGCCUCGCCCACUCAUCUCAACAAGAUGAGAUGAAGCACCCUCCAUCACAAGUGCUUCUGUUGUUGCUGUUGUUAGAUGUUUAAGGACUCCUGUGCGUUUGUGCCGGACGUGAUGGACGUACAUUGACUCACCCGGUUGAGCCGUGCGCUCUUCUUUUUCAAUCAACGAAACUGAGUGGUUGUGGACAUUUUAGUAUCAUCAGAAUAAAAUCAUAUCGUCACUAGUUUCAAGUGUCAUGAAAGCUUUCACCUCAUCCCUGACGUGUACUACAUAGUCGUCGAAUAAAAAGUAUUUAUUUCCGAGUUCA